ACAGAGUGGUUUGAUAACAAAGAAAGCUCAUCAAGAACCUUAAAAAGGUUCUGUUGCAGAGGUUCCGACCAAAAGCCAGUUUCAUCUUUAUGUGAUCAGAGACAGAAAGAUAUGGUGGGAGAAGAUUUAAACCAGAUUGGUGGUAAUAGUAAUUACAAUGGAGAAAGAGACCCAGAGAACAACACACUCAACCAACCUCUGGUUAAGGCUAAUCGAACUCUUUCUUCAACUCCACUUGCUUUGGUCGGUGCCAAGGUUUCCCAUAUCGAGAGCUUGGACUAUGAAAUAAACGAGAAUGAUCUGUUUAAGCAUGAUUGGAGAAAAAGAUCAAAGGCACAAGUACUUCAAUACGUGUUCUUGAAAUGGACAUUAGCUUGUCUUGUUGGUCUUUUCACUGGUCUAAUCGCCACUCUCAUAAACUUAGCUGUCGAAAACAUAGCUGGCUACAAGCUUCUUGCCGUCGGCCACUUCCUCACCCAAGAAAGAUAUGUUACAGGUCUCAUGGUGCUUGCUGGAGCAAAUUUGGGACUUACCUUGGUGGCGUCUGUGCUUUGUGUGUGUUUUGCUCCCACGGCGGCUGGUCCUGGAAUUCCUGAGAUCAAAGCUUAUCUUAAUGGUGUUGAUACUCCCAACAUGUUUGGUGCUACCACUAUGAUCGUUAAGAUCAUUGGAAGCAUAGGAGCGGUUGCAGCUGGACUUGAUCUUGGUAAAGAAGGUCCUCUGGUUCACAUUGGAAGCUGCAUAGCUUCUUUGCUUGGACAAGGUGGAACAGACAACCACCGAAUCAAGUGGCGAUGGCUUCGUUACUUCAACAAUGAUAGAGACCGCAGGGAUCUGAUUACAUGUGGCUCAGCUGCUGGAGUAUGUGCAGCCUUCAGGUCACCUGUUGGAGGUGUGCUUUUUGCCCUUGAGGAAGUUGCCACUUGGUGGAGAAGUGCCUUACUGUGGAGGACUUUCUUCAGCACAGCAGUGGUUGUGGUUAUUCUGAGAGAGUUCAUAGAGAUCUGCAAUUCAGGGAAGUGUGGCUUAUUUGGAAGAGGAGGGCUUAUCAUGUUUGAUGUGAGUCAUGUAACUUAUACUUACCAUGUAACUGACAUCAUCCCUGUCAUGUUGAUUGGUGUAAUUGGUGGAAUUCUUGGGAGCCUCUACAAUCACUUUCUGCAUAAAGUUCUCCGGCUUUACAAUCUGAUCAACGAGAAGGGUAAGAUCCACAAGGUGCUUCUCAGUCUUACAGUAUCACUCUUCACAUCAGUUUGCCUUUAUGGCCUUCCUUUCCUGGCUAAAUGCAAGCCGUGUGAUCCCUCGAUAGAUGAGAUAUGCCCGACGAAUGGAAGAUCGGGCAACUUCAAACAGUUCCAUUGUCCAAAAGGUUACUACAACGAUCUGGCUACUCUGCUUCUCACCACCAACGAUGAUGCUGUCAGAAACCUUUUCUCUUCCAACACUCCUAAUGAGUAUGGGAUGGGCUCCCUGUGGAUAUUCUUUGUCCUCUACUGCAUCUUGGGGCUUUUCACAUUUGGUAUUGCAACACCAUCUGGUCUUUUCCUCCCCAUCAUCCUUAUGGGUGCUGCAUAUGGCCGUAUGCUUGGUGCUGCAAUGGGUUCCUACACAAGUAUUGACCAAGGGCUUUAUGCUGUACUUGGUGCAGCUGCACUCAUGGCUGGAUCGAUGAGAAUGACUGUGUCACUCUGUGUUAUAUUCCUUGAACUUACCAACAACCUUCUUUUGCUUCCCAUUACAAUGAUUGUGCUUCUGAUUGCCAAAACUGUGGGAGACAGCUUCAACCCAAGUAUCUAUGACAUCAUAUUGCAUCUAAAGGGCUUACCUUUCUUAGAAGCAAAUCCAGAGCCAUGGAUGAGGAACCUCAGCGUUGGUGAGCUUGGUGAUGCUAAACCCCCAGUUGUAACCCUGCAAGGCGUAGAAAGGGUUUCUAAAAUAGUUGAUGUGCUAAGGAACACGACGCAUAAUGCAUUCCCUGUUUUAGAUGAAGCAGAAGUACCUCAAGUGGGUUUAGCAACCGGGGCAACAGAACUCCACGGGCUAAUCCUGAGAGCACACCUCGUUAAAGUUCUGAAAAAGAGAUGGUUCUUGACAGAGAAAAGAAGAACAGAGGAGUGGGAGGUCAGGGAAAAGUUUCCAUGGGAUGAAUUGGCUGAAAGAGAAGACAACUUCGACGACGUAGCCAUCACAAGCUCUGAAAUGGAAAUGUUUGUUGAUCUUCAUCCUCUUACCAACACAACCCCUUACACAGUCAUGGAGAACAUGUCUGUGGCCAAGGCUUUAGUACUAUUCCGGCAAGUGGGACUCCGCCAUUUGCUAAUUGUUCCCAAGAUUCAAGCCUCAGGAAUGUGUCCUGUGGUAGGGAUCUUAACCAGGCAGGAUCUAAGGGCACACAACAUUCUACAAGCCUUUCCUCACUUGGAAAAAUCCAAAGGUAGAAAAGCCCAAUGAAGAUUUACAUACUUUGUUUACCUGUGUUGUAAAAAAUGACUUGCAGCCUUGUGUUUUUUGUUCCCAUUCUUGAAGAUGUAUCUGUCCAGUUUUGCA